AUAAAACAUUUACGUAGUUGCGUGCGCUAAAAGUCACUGCGCAUGUGUAGAUCUCGUCUCUCCACGUUAAGCAAUGCCAUUUUCUUAGUCUAAGAUGGCCGCUUAAAGAACUCGACGAAAUGUGUGCUACAAAAAUGUAUCCGUUUGCAAUAGAAAUCAACGACGCUACUGCGAAAUCGACAAGAAUUAUUACGGCGACGAGCAUAAAUUUAAGAACGGUAUCUUAUUUACGUGCGGCGAUCGCGAGUUUACGAAGAAUUUGUCGUCGUAAAAAAGUGAAAUAAUACAAUCAAUGAUCCGUGUUCUGUGGAAAUUGAUCUGCAUGGAUACCACAAGCAAAAUCGACGUUAACGGAGACGCGUUCGAAUCUUACAUCAUGGUUUCCCAUUCUGAUAUAUUACCGCCAUACACAGCUAUUAAAGAAACUUCGAUGUCGACGCGUAUUUCUAACAUGUGUCGAAAGGCUUGGUACGGCAUGACCGUUCGAUUUUAUCGUAGAAUGGAUUCUACGGAUUCUUCCGAAAUACCCACAAAGCGUAUGAAACAACACAACCGCAGGAAGGCCAAUGCUAUCGCGAUAGGCAGGGGUCGCGGUAGAGCGAAGGGUCAGCUCAGGCGUUCCGGCGUAAGUCAAGCCAGGCAUCGGAAGGAAGGCACGAAGCAUAUUCAGGGUGAUUACGAGAUCUGGCAAGAGUUAUACACUGUACAAAACGAGUGCACCGUAGACGACACAGACGGUUACGAUGUGCCCGAUGCUGCUCAGUUUAUGAAGAAAACAACUAAUCCCAUAACAUUAAAUUUAUCCGAUAUUACACCAACUAAACAUAAGCUAAAGGCGCGCAACAAGCAGGAAGAAGCAAAGUGUCCGACCAGAGUGCGUUAUGUAUCUUCGAUCAAGAUCAACAAUGAUUAUCAUGAGGAUAGCGAAAAGAGUCCGUCCCGACUACGAUUAUUGUCCGAGUGUACCGACGAUUCCGAAGAUAGUUUUGUGGUUUUUGAAAACAGCGAUGAUGAAUUACUGGAGGCGUGUGAUGAGUAUGGAGAUGCGACGGAGUAUCUAAACAAAAUGUGUUGUCUGCCUAAGGAUUCUUGGGCGGCGAGCAACAACCAGAUGAAUUGUAACAGCACCAAGUAUGAUAUGCAAAGUCCGUUGCGGCAACGAUUGCUAUCGGAGAGUUCCAUCGAUUCUGAAGAUAGUUUUUGUAUAGUAUUCAAAUCUCAAUCGGAUUGUGCGAGCGAUUGCACGAUCAAUGACUGCAAUGAAACAAGCUUCUGCAAUCAAAGCAGCCAGUUGGACAAUUCAACAAUCAAGGAUGAAUCGAUCAAUGACAAUCAGAAUAGUAUGGCAUCAGCAGUAUAUAAUGAUCAAGACAGUGAGGAAUUGAAAACGAAAAAAGUGAGCUUCGAUCUGAAUCCAGUUGUGCAUCUCAUGGUAAAAUGGGGUUACGCAUACCGAGCAGCUCGCAAAGGUCCAUGGGAGCAAAUGGCACGGGAUAAUGAAAGGUUCAAGGGACGUAUAGACUCCAUCGCUGCUGUCCUUGAUCCAAUUUUAACAAAUAACCACCGCUCUCAAGUUUGGCAAAAACGAUUUGCUCUUUAAAAAUAGUUCUUGUCUUUUUAAUAGCAUAAUUUAUAAAUAAAAGAAAGAGAGAGAAAAAGAAUGACGCAAAGGGAAGGGAAUGUAUCAUGUAUCAUUGAGUAUGUAUGAUUGAUAUCUUUUAAAAUAUAGAAAAUGGCUGUGAAUAUUAGUGUAAAAAGAUCUUCUAAUAUAUGAUUAAAAUACACACGGUGUGUUUAAUGUAUGAUUUCUAAGUUUUUAGUAUAAUCAAAAUAAUGAUCACAAACUUCAACACACUAGCUUUUUCCAUUUAGGAAAAUUGACAACUCGAGAAGAACGAUUAUUAUUUACACUAAUUUAAUAAAAAGUUACGCCAUUUUUUAUGAUAACAAUGUUAAGAAAAAAUAAGGAAAUUUGAUUUUGGAUUUGUUAUAAUGGUUCUAAAUUUUUAAACGUUAACGUGGCUUAAUAAUUAUGAUUAUUGUACAGAGCCUCUUUUUUGGAUGUAAAAAUGCAUAAUUAAUGUUUUUUAGUCAAUACACUUAAUAAUGACAAUGUAAGUACUUCUACUUAAACAUAAAAACUCGUUUAUGUUGAACAUCGGUCAUAAAGUAUUUUUAAUUGAAGUUCUUAACUUAUUAUAUUCUAUUCUUCUUAUAUUAAGAACUUCAAUUAUUAAGUGUCAUUAUUAAGUGUAUUGACUAAAAGACAUUAAUUAUGCAUUUUUACACCGUUCAAAAAGAGGCUCUGUACAAUAAUCGUAAUAUAAAAAUUUCAAAACAUGUCCUUAUUUUUUCAAAAUGUAGCAAAAUAUACAUGUAUUUCUUUCAAGAUUCUACGUUUUCAUUCAAAAAUAUUUUAAGAAUCUAUCUUCACAGCGCAUUUCGAAGCUUUUUAAAAUUCGCGUUACUUGUCAUUUUGUUUUCUUUAUAUUUUUUUUUUGCAACUUUGAUGUGCAUGCACAAAAAUUCAGAAAUUAUUGCAUCUGUUUUAAUAAUAUACGAGAAGCAUACAAAAAAAGAAAAAGAAAAUAGUAAAAACGACAUGAGUAUAUGCUGGCAAAUAAUUUUUUUUAAAUAACAGUUCUAUCGGCGAUUGUAUUUUUUUGAUUAAAUAGCACCUACCAUGCAUUGUGUGUGCAAAGUCAUAUUUUGGACUUGUGAAUCUAUGUAAAAUAGCAGAUAGUUGUUCUUUUAUAUCAAUGUAAUAUCAAUUUAUCUUGUACGAUAUAAAACGAUAUAAGUACGAUAUAAAUAUUGAUAUAAAAAAACAGUUAUCCACUAUUUUACAUAGAUUCACGAGUCUAAAAUAAAUUUAAAAAAUUAUUUGCCAAAAUAUGUUUGUAUGUUAGUCUUCACACAUUCGAGAAGUUCCAUUAAUAAUACUUUCUAUAAAUAAUACAUGAAUUAUUACUUUGCAUUAGAAUCAUAACCUCAUAUUAUAUAAUUAAGUAUGUAUAACAUUAUAUGUGUGAAAAGUAUAUAAUUUGUACGAAACAUCAAGUCAUUUGUACAGAA